UAAUACUGUUGUGUUGGUAACUCUGACGACAUAAUAUGCUAUUCUCCUAAAACUUUGUCUAAUUUUUUUUGUUGAAAGUUUCAUGAAAUUGACAAAAUAAAUGAAGAAAAGUGGAUGUAGUCUAUGUUUAAUCGUUCAAGUCAUUCAAAAUUAGUUGGAGAUAACAUUUUUUUUAAUUUAUCCAAAUAAUUGCAUGUUGAAUUUUUACGAUGGCAACAAGCUAAGGUUGGAAUAAACCAUACAACCGCCAUUUUAAGAUUCUCAAUUGGUACAUGCACAAUAGAGAAUUGUUACACGAUAAAUUACCAGAGGGUAUAUUUUUUUGUUUGCUGAAAAAUGUCCUUGAGCAAAACUGUAGGCAGCCUAAAUAAAGGCAAUGUUAAAGAAAAAGAAAGAUCUACAAGCAAAGAAUCGAAUAACUUGGUUGUUCGCAUUGAUCAAGACUCCGACAACAACCUACAAGCGUUAUUUGACAGUGUAUUAAAUCCUACAGAAUCAAAAUGUCCUCUUCAAGUGCCUUUCCGUAUGCGUCAAUUGCCAGAAUCUUUUUUCAAACCACCUGCAACUACGUCCAGAUCACCGUCUGUGGCCCAUUCUCGAGCAAAUAGCGCUGAUUCCGCCUAUGAUACUGGUUCACAGCCAAACGUUAGCCAAGGAAAUAUAUCUACUGGCUCUAUUACUGCAGUUCCAGCAACAAUAACACAGCCACAAGUAACAGCGAAUAGACUUGCAAUUUCUCACUCGCGUGCACAUAGCAGCCCAGCUUCGCUGCAGCAAACAUAUAAUGUACAUAUAGGAAAUGUAAUGGAAACAGGUGCAUGUAUACAAGAUGGUAUUGGAGCUGUCUAUACCGCUGGUGGUGUAACAUUUCCUCCUGGCGUAAACGCGUCUUCAAGUGUUCGUAUGGAUCAAGUAGAUCAGUCAGCGACUAAGGAUGCACCAAAUCCCAUUCAAACAUUUCAUAUGAAGCAACGGUCAUAUGAUGUUGUCAGUACUAUCCAACUUCAAAACGAGCUGGGGCCAUUGCCGCCUGGAUGGGAACAAGCAAAGACUAAUGAUGGUCAAAUUUAUUAUUUAAACCACACUACAAAAUCAACACAGUGGGAGGACCCCAGAAUUCAGCUAAAACAACAAAUCUUUCAAGAUGGCCUAACACAUAAUGUGACUUUAAAAAAUAAAGAAUCUGUUAAUUUGGCUGAUAACUUGGGGCCCCUGCCGGAGGGAUGGGAACAAGCUUAUACAGAUUCUGGAGAUGUUUAUUUUAUAAACCAUGUAAAUCGAACGACUUCUUGGAAUGAUCCUCGAAUACCCGAUUUUUUACAAAAGCCGGUGAAAUCACAAAAACCGGGACCUUCUUGGCUUAACAUUCAACAUAUUGAAAAGGAGCAGGAUUAUUUUAAACCAAGCUCUGAACAGAAUUCUUUGACUAGACAAAAUGGUAAUCUUCAGAUGGAUCCAUUUUUAUCCGGUGACAAUCACGCCAGGCAAGAAUCGAGUGAUAGUGGUCUGAGUUUGUCUUCAAAUACGUUUUCCACUACCACAGACUUGCUGCCAAAUAUUGAUGACAGUAUGGAUUGCAUAAGCGAAUCAGGUAGCCUUAAUGCCUUAAGUGGCAUAGAUUGUCCGGAUAAUCUGGUAUCUUCACUUCAGCUGGAAGAUAACAUCUGCAAUGAAAUGUUCAGUGACGUUCACAACAUGUUGAAUGCAUCUGCAACGAAGCCUGAUACUUUGGACUGGUAUAAGAUAAAUUAAACUUAUAAUAGCACGAACUAGAUAUGUAUUACAAAGUAUCAAACGUUUCGUCUUUUUCGGUUAUACAAGUUUUAUCCACAUUAUUAAACGGCAAACUAAUGUUAAAUAUUAAGUAUAGUUUUGGAAAUAAAUAUAUCUUUAUAACAAAACUUGAAAAGA